CAGCUGGGAGCACCCUGGGCCGGGAGCACCCCCGGAGACCGCCCGAGCGAGACCCGGAGACGCUGCCCCCGACGGAGGAGGGCUACCGUUCGCUGCUGGCCCUCUGCGGCGGCACGGGCCGGGGCGCCGCCGAGGCUUCGCCCGGCGGCGCCGCGGGCACCGGCGGCGCGGCGGGCAGCGGCGAGGCCUUCUGCCGGUCCUGCGCGGCGCGGUUCCUGGAGGGCGUGGCCGGGCCGGACUGCGAGGUGAUCGACCGGGGGGCGCUGGAGGCCUCCGCGCUCGAGCUGGUCCGCGCCGGGAGGGCGCCCAGGGCUGGCCUCGGGGAGCUGCGCGGGGGCCUGGAGGGCGCCUGGUGGCUGCUCUGCGGCCAGGAGCGGCAGGUGGUGCACGCGCUCCACAUCUCGCUGGCGAAAGCUUGGACGCCGAAGCUCCCGAUCGGGGGGCGCCACCCUCUGCUGCAGCCCCUGGCGCGGGCGGCGCGGCAGGCCAGGGCGCACAAGCUGCGCAGCGCCCGGGCCACGCUCGCCGCGGCCACCGCCGUGGUGGUCGCCCGCGGGGCUGCGGUAUUCGCUGGCGGGGGCCUGUCGCUCGGCUAUCGCUCGGACGUGUGUGCGGAGGGCGUGAGGCGUGAAUGCCGCCGCCUCGCCGCCCUGCUGCGCAGCGCCAGCGCCGGCGCGGGCCACGACGUGGGGCGCGGGCGCCGCCGGCGCCGGUCGCACGGCGCGGCCGGCGCGGGCGAUCCGGCGGAGGAGGCGGGCGGCUACGUCGAGCUCGCCGCGCCGCGGUGA